GGAAAAAGGAUGUCAUUCAAAAACAAGGGAGAGUAAAAAUGCCAGGUUUCAAAAGCUGCCUUCAGUGAAAUCCAGAAAUUUACAAGAUAAUGCAGUUUUACCACAUGAUAAGGCUAAGACUCCAUUGUCAGCAAAGAAAAAGCGAAUGAGAGAGUCAAAAAUUGAUAAUGAGAUUACAGUUUCCACAGAAAUGUCAAUGCAAAGAUGUACACUGACUAGUCGUAGUGGUCGUUGCAUCAAAGCACCAUUGGAGUACUGGAGGGGACAACGAUUAGUAAUUGAUAAUACAUUGAACGUUACCAUCAAUGAGGGUGGAACGGAUUACUUAAUUUUCACCGCACAAAACAAUGUAGAGAAAACAAAUGUUAAAGAUGGAAAUUAUUUGAGAACCUCAAAUCAACAGAGAAAACGACAAUCAUUGACAGACGACCUGAGUAAAAAGCGAAAGAGAUAUCCAGUUUUGAAGAUGGAAAGAGGCUGCAAACAGGGAAAAAAGGGAAAUGAAAAGCCUAACAACCAACGGGUGAAAUAUAUUACAAGAAAUCAAAAACGCAAACAGUUGUUAAGACAGGUUGCUUCAAGCACAGGUGAAAGUUCAUUGAGUACAACAACAGGAAAACCUACUCAUAGAAAAUAUGGUGACCUAAACCCAACUGUUGUUUUGACUCCAAUUUGUGAUCCUCGGACAUUAAGUAACAAAACAGUGAAAUUAAAUGAACUACCCACUGCUAAUGUGAAAAGAAAGGAUGGAAAGAUUCUGACCACUAUAAAAAUGGUAAAUCCAAAGGAAAUAGAGGAUACAAGUGAAAGUGAUAUUUUUGAAAACGAGUCCAAUCAGAAACUCAGGAAAACAAAACACUCUUACAAAUUAAGAAGUAUAAGAGUAAAGUCAAGUGGUUUGUUAGAUAAUGGUGAAAGCGAAAGAAAUAUGUCUGUAGCUGAAGUGAGCAAUUCACCUGAAAUAGAGGAUACAAAUGAUACUGAUAAUUUCGAAGACAAAUUUAAUUGGAAACCCAUGACAUUGAAACAACGUGACCCUUACAAAUUAAGAAAUAGAACAAUAAAAUCAAGUGGUUUGUUAGGUAAUGCUGAAAGCAAAAGAAACAAAGAAAGAAAUAUGUCUGUGGCAGAAAUGAGUAGUUUAUCUAAAGUAAAGGGUACAAAUGACCGUGAUAAUUUUGAAGACUGUUCUAGUGGAUCCACAGGAUUGAAACAUUCUUCAAAGUUGAUCAAAAAACUUGUUGAAUCAAGACAAUCAGAAGAUGAGAGUUUGGAGACCAGUGAGAGUGUCAAGAUUAAGAUUAAAAGGAAAGUGAGAAGUGCAAACUACAGAAGGUGUGUCAGUAAACAAAAUCAAACAGCAAUAAAUAAGCACAUCAUUUUGACUACAUGUAAUUCUGACUGUACUAAUAGCACGGAGCCCCAGUCUGAAACAUCCUCAGUUCAGCUGAAACACAUCUCUCCAAUGAUUACUAAAGAUUGUAUUUUGUCUGAGGCACUGAUAUCAUCCAACUCUAUUCCAAACAACAAGGAGAUCAGAAAAAAUAAUACAGACGAACUUACCUCAAAUGACCUAUGUAGUCCUAGGAGACAGAAAGUCAUUCGUGUUCAAAAGUUUCAAACUCCUUUUCAUUCUAAAACAGGCAGGCAGAAAACAGUAUUACAUAGUGGCAAUGCCAAAGUGACUACUACAACUGGCUCAAAAUGCUCAUCAAAACCAAAUGACAAAGUUCAACAAUCUCUUUCAUAUCCAAUAAAGGAACCAGAAUUAAGACACCAUAAUGUUGGAAGCAGUGCAUUAAAGUGCAAGCAACACUCUUCACAAAGAGAAACUGAGAAUCAAUUCAAUAGAUUUUUGUCAUCAGAUGUUUCAGAGACUGAAGCAAGUAAGACUGAAGUUAUUGUAAAAGAAAAAACAAAAGUUCCAAAUAAAAAGACUGUACCUAGAAAAGUAUUGGCUACAGACUUCCGCCCCAUAUCAAAUUCUAGAUCUAGUCUGAAGAAGCAAGCAAAACAGUUCAUAUCCUUGCAUUCCCUUGAUAGUGAAGCCGAACCCUGGACCAAGAAAGAACUACGUUGCCUACACAGAACUGUUUCAGCAAUACCAAAAAUUAAACCUGAUUCCUGGGACAAGGUUGCUGCAUCUGUUGGAACACGUUCUGCUGAGGCUUGCCAGCAAAAGUACCUAUCUGAACAUCAGUUGAAGUUGUCCAAAAGGCCUAAUGUAAAGCAGAAGAAAAAAUGUUCCAGUAAUGAAAACAAGCAAGAUGACCCUGUGAAAAUUGUUGCUCAUAUUGGAACACUGAAAAGAAAACAACAAGUAAGGUCCUUCCUGGAACAGUUGCCAAAGGAAGACCAUGAAGACCUUUUCAAUGAUGCAGUAUUGCAGCAUAAACGAAUAAAGCUUCCCAGCUUUCCGAGCAGCCAAGAGGAGGAGGAUGAUGAUGACUUUAUGCUUCAAACAAAUCCAACUACUCCAACUUCAGUCAUCUUUCCUUUAGCGAAAACACCACAGUGGAACCACAUCAGUCCUCGAAUGUUGGGGCCUACUGAUAG